CCGGGGUGAUAAGUUAAAAUGGGAAAUGUGUUGCUUCAAAGUGUUCCUUAAUAUUAGUCCGCAAGGUUGAUGUUUUUGCAUAUAUGUAAACGAAUGCCAGCUUUUAAUAUUUUAAAUGGACGCUCAGCAAAGACACCGCUCACUUUAUAAAGGAACCACGCCGCCAUGGAAAGAAACAUACCGCAAGCGCUGUGUGGACAGGCUGAAAAACAGCCGGUCCAGGCUGCUGGAGAGAUACCGACAGAUGGGAGAAAGUCAGCAGCACAGCAGCUCCGGGACCUCCAUCAUCGUCCAAGAAGUGAUGGAGGAGGAAUGGACCGCUUUGCAGUCAGAGGACCAGAGGCUGCCCUCUUUGUGGGGUCCACAGGGCUUGACAGAGAUGUUUGAUUUCAUGAAGGAGUAUGAUGAACUGGCAGUUCUUGAGGAAAUCCAACAGGAACUCAUAUCCCAAGAAAUGUCUAUAAUAGAAGAGUAUGAGAGGAACCUGCAGUUUGAGCAGCAGUAUAUAUCAUCUCUUGUGGAGGAUCUGGAAGAGAUGCAUAUCAUUUGCCCCGUAUGUCACACGAACAACUUGAGCAUCAACAACUAUUUUUUCUCCUGUCCUUGUGGACUUUAUAUCAACACUAAGAAACGUAACAUUACUCCAGAUGUCCUGCAGCAUCUUCUGCAGUCCAGGCUGUCUGAACACAUGGAGGACUGUCUACACAACCCUGUUUUCUCUGUAGCUGCCAACGUAGAACCAGAAAGCUCCGCUAACCUGAUGAUAAGCUGUAAGGUUUGUGACUACCUGUCUGUGGUCCUGUAAACCCGCCAUGAGUGCCUUCACUGAUGAGAUUUAAUUUUGAGAAUUUUGUGCUCUGUAUAAAUUGUGAAAUAAAUUUUUUUUCU